AUGAGGAUCAGAGUUGGUUAUGGACGCGAAAGACGACCAGUGGAUGCUGUGGAUCAGCUCAAUUUUGGUGCUGUCAAGGAGAACAUCCGCCAAAUCUUCGGUUUCAGCCCGUAAGUUGUUUAUUCUUGUUUGUUACGUGCUUAGGAAUGUGCAAUUUACAUUGAAGCUGGGAAACGAGCCGAUCUCACUGGAGGAUGGUCAAUUUCUGGCCGAAGCCGGAGUUGUUUCCGGAGAUUUGUUGAUGGUGGAAGUUCUUGAUGGAGAAGAUGCCCCUUCGGUGGAAAAUAAGGUAGAACAAGGUCCGAGCAGCCAGCAAGGUCCGUCUGGAAGAUAUGUCGAGCAUAUUGAACCCGAACAGACCUCAGAAACAGUACGAGAAUUCGAUUUCAACUCAGUAAAGGAGAUUUUGAUGGAGAAAUUGAAGCGAUUAUGUCAAUUUACCGUAAGUUGCUCUCUUUUCUUCUGAUUUUUGAUGCUUAGGUCAAGAAUGAGUCCGUUGGGGAGCUGUCGGACCCUGUGAGGACGCUGUCCGUGCUUUUUGACAGUCCGGUGAACCCUUGGACACAAGCGCACUUGACCGUUUCCUUCUACGGAAUGGGACAGCCAUUAGCGAAAGUAUCGCUUACUCUGAUCUCCGAGAAAGGCAAUAUGAAGGAAUUCGGACCCAGAACUGUGAUAUCAAAUGGAUUUCAAAAGGAUUUGGCUGAAUUCUGCGAGGAAAUCAGGCAAUUCCUUCUUGGACGUAAGUUGCCAUGGUUAACAUGGGAAAAAUUAGAUUUUUUUGUAAAAUCUUGAUAUCUCCCUCAAUUUUUUUGUAUUCCAUAGUUUGUAUAGGCUUUAUUCUUGCUUUCACGAUGCAUUGAAUUUAAUUUUACAUUGGGAUUUUCAAUUUUUUACCGGAUUUUAUAUUUUUAGCCUAUAACAAGUUCCUGAACACAUUUUUUGUCGGACCGGCCGCUGGACUGGCAUGGAGACUGUGCCAAUUCCUCGAUCCGGGCACUUUGAUCAGUUUGAGCGCUGUGAAUCGCUACAUGAAUGACUACUCAAAUCGGAUGUCCUUUGAUAACAAAAUUUGGAAGGAGAAAUUGGCCGAAUUCAGUGGAAAAGGUAAGAUUUUAUGUGUUUCCGGGGCUUAUGGGGUUGAAUUUUAUGAGAUAAGGGGGUCAGAAUUUGUGAGCUGUUAGUUAGCUAUAAGUUGUUGCUGUUAUCGAGAUAAAAUUUUGAGUUUUCAGCACCAUCUGAACUGCCAACUCCCUCCGAACACAAGACCUAUAAGAAAUCGCUGAUCAAAGCGCUGAAAGAGCAAAGAAGACGAGAGCUGGAGAGGCAACAAUUCGAGCGUCAAUUCAUGGACCGGCCACAACAUGAUCCACUGGUUGAUCCCCGCUUUUCCGACCCUCUUCGUGUGGAUCCCAGAGACAGAUAUCGGCCCCCAAAUCCAUGGGACGCCUUCGACGAUCGCUGGCGCGGCGGCGAAGUCUUCCCCAAUCAUCGGCCGCGAAGAGAUCCGGCCAACCCGUUGAUCGUCCCACGACCUCCAGACCCGAACUUCCAGCCCGACUUCCAGCCGGAUCCUGAUAUGCCGCAGGGCCCGCGACGGUGGAAUCCACCGCGAAGAGGAGAUCCCGGCAGUGGGGGAGGGUUCUUCGGCCCCGGCGCUGGGUUCAUCGGAUAG